AUGAAAAAGUGGGUUGCGAGUGAAUGGGCUAAUGUAUUCACAAAUCCUCACUGUGCUUCGUCAACGGGAAAGAUUUUGGUGGCAGAUGUCCAUGUCGCUCGCUCAGCAGAUGGAUGCUGUAAAAACUGCCUUGCGUAAUUACAAGACUGAACUAGUCAAUGUUCCGCCAGGCUGCACAAGUAGAAUUCAACCCUCUAGAUGUCUGCAUUAACAAACCUUUUAAAGACGAAGUAAAGCGCCAACAUGAGGCUCACAUGAGUGAAAACUUGCAGUUGUUCACUGAAGGCAAAUUGACUGCAUCCGACACGCAAGUUCUUCUAACCAAGUGGGUGGGUAAAGGGUGGCAAGAAGUAAACCAGAGCAAAGACACCAUCAUAAGAAGCUUUAAGAAGUGCGGAAUUUCUCUUGAUCUUAGUGGAUCAGAAGAUGAUGACAUUAACAUUGAGGGAAUUCCCAAUUACAAGAUGCCAUCAGCUAAUGAAGUCCUUGAAGACCUUGUGGAGUUUCAUCUGGAGAGUGAUGACCCAGACGAUGAUGUUUAUGAUAAUAAUGAGGAUGAUGAGUUAGAAGCAGAAGGCCACACCACUCAGUAA